AUGGUGGAAUACGAGAAAGAAGUCGAGGCAGCGACAUCGCCGGCCCUCUCGACGACGGUGUCGUCAGGCCACGAUGAGAAUUACGAGUUUUACCGCCAGAAUCGCGGGCUGGAGUAUACGCCCAAGGAAGCGAAGAGGACGCUGCGGAAAAUUGAUAGGCAGCUGAUUCCGCUGCUGUUUGUGAUCUACAUGAUCCAGUAUUUGGAUAAGAACAGUAUCAAUUUUGCCUCUGUGUAUGGCCUCAAGCAGGGGACACAUCUGAAGGGGCAGGAUUACUCGUGGCUGAGUUCUAUCUUCUACUUCGGCUAUCUCAUCGCCCAGUGGCCAGCUGGACUGGCGCUGCAAAAACUACCGAUGGGCAAGUUUCUUGGUACCACCACUAUAAUCUGGGGCGGCCUGCUCAUGACAACACCGGCAUGCCACAAUUUCGCCGGCAUCGCCAUCAACCGCUUCCUCCUCGGCCUCGUCGAAGCCGUCGUCAACCCAGGUUUUGUUCUAAUGAUGAGCAUGUGGUACACAGCCCGCGAACAGCCCCUACGCCUGGAAGCCUACUACUGCACGAACGGCAUAGCGACCAUGUUCGGCGGACUAAUCGGCUAUGCAGUCGGCCACAUCUCCACCGGUCUGCCGCGCUGGAUGUACGUCUUCCUCAUUUUCGGCACGUUUUCCAUCGUCACGGGUAUCUUUGCGCUCUGGCUUCUUCCCGAUCUUCCAUCAACGGCCAAGUUUCUAUCCGAGCGCGAGCGCAUCAUCGCCGUCGAGCGCGUGGCGAUUAACCGACAAGGCGUCAAGAACCCCAAGUUCAAGUGGUACCAGGUCUGGCAGGCAGCGCGGGACCCGAAGACGUGGCUGCUAUUCAUCAUGGCUGUGGGAGCGCAGGUGCCGAACUCGGCGUUGACGAGUUUCACAUCCAUCAUAGUUGGCACCUUCGGCUUCGACACGCUCGGCACCCAGUAUCUUCAGAUCCCCGGGGGUGCGGUCAACUUCCUCACCCUCCUGACCGGCGGCUUCAUUGCGACCAAGUACGCGGACAAAUUCCACUCGCGCAGUGCGUGUAUGAUCGUCGCCAAUCUGACCUGCAUCCUUGGAUCAGGACUACUCGUCGGGCUACCAGACACGAACAAAUGGGGCCGGCUGGUGGCGCUGUGGCUGUGUUAUUUCCAGGGCCUGGGAUUUAGCAUGAGUCUGACGAUUGUGAGCUCGAAUAUUGCGGGGUACACGAAGAAGCAGGUUACGGGUGCAUUGCUGUUUACAGGGUAUUGUGUUGGGAAUAUUAUUGGGCCGCAGACUUUCAGAGACAGCGAGGCCCCCGGCUAUCAUAGUGCCUAUGUUGCGAUGCUUGUUGGCUAUACGGUCAAGUUGACUGCUAUCUUUGCGUUGUACUUGUACAUGUAUUUUGAAAACAAGCGGCGAGAUCGUGCCGCGCUUGGUGGUCAGCAGCCGGAGGAUGAUGGCGUUGAGAAUGGAAUGCUAGACCAAACGGAGAUCGAUAACAAAGCAUUCCGUUAUGUACUGUAG